CCAGAACACACUGGCUGCUGGCCCCGUCACCGGAAACUAUACAAUAGUCGAGUAAGUGAUAAGAAUCCAUGCGGUUACUCGACCAUUCUAUUACCUGCUAUCUAGCAUCCCUACUUUCCACUCUUACUUAUGUACAGGCCUGCUGACAGGUAAGAGGCAAAGAGGGCAAUUGGUUUGGAGCCCGGGGAUUUAAAGAUGUCUGGGGCUUAUGGUGGCCUGAGCCCUGAGUCCUUUAAAUCACUGCUGGAAUGCUGCACGCUGCAUUCUGGUCAGCUCUGAGGACUUGCCCGGGGGCAGGGCGCUGUGCUACAGGUGGUGCUGAGGGCUGGUGGGGAGGAGAGGGGUGGCAGUGUGCUCUGGGUGGUGCAGAGCCCUGGCAUCACUCCUUCUACCCUGACGCCCCACUCCUUCUGGGAGCAUAGAGCCACCCUCUCCCCCCAAUCUUGCCUAGGGGUCCACAGAGGCUGUCUGCACCCCUGCUUAUGAAGUUUCCUAAGGGCAGGAAUGGGCAGGCAUGCAUAUAAUGUGGCUGUCUCCACACACUCCCACCCACACUCGCAGGGAGAAGGUGAAUGUGUGUGUGUGUGAAGAGAAGCAUCCCAUGUAACCCUUUGCCUUACUUUUUGUUCUCCACCAAACUGCUUCCAUUAGAAGAGGGAGUGCAUGGGUCACUGUUUUGUAUAGUGGUUAGCUACAACACAUGUAUUAGGGAAUUGUUGGAAAAUGUGAUCCCUUGCUUUGUUCUCAAAUUCUGCCUUUUGCAUAAUAGUAACUAAGUCCACAUUUUUUGUAACGGCAUUUAUAAUAUAUCCCUUGAUCCUCAUCCAUAAAAUACAUUGAUAAAUGGCUCAAAGGUGCUUUGACACUGGAGUUUGUCUUACAGAUGAGGAAAAAAGAUCUAAGGAAGAGCUCUGUGAAGCAUUAAACCCUGUCCUUUCCUCCAACCAAAGUUGGUCCAAUACAGGAUAUUAUCUCACUCACAUAUUGUGUGUCUCAUACGAGGAAAAAUACAUUAUUUUAAAAAGGUGUAUUUUAACUGAUAGUCCAAGUGAUUGAUGUAAGGUGCUUAUACUUCAUCUGCUACUAUUAAAUCUUAAUAGUUUUCUGAUUUCAGCAGAUUUAAGUUGAUUUCAGUGGAAGAAAUUACUAUAAAAAAGUGAAAAUAGUAAAUUAGCAGAGAAGGGGUUGCUGUAACUGUGAGAGAGUUUGGGGGGGAGAAGCAGGAAGAUGCAAAAUACUGAAACAGAAAACAUGAGCCAUAAACAUUCUGAAGGAUUGGCUCAAAGAGCGAGACACUAAAAUAGACUGCAACAUAUCGCCAAGGCUUGAAUUCAAAGAGCUUUGUUAGUGUGUCUGCACUGCUUCAGCAGAUGAAAACACAAAUUCUAACAAUGAAGCUGGCAUGUGUGGGUGACUUGAUGCAUGUAACCCUUUGCCAUGUGUUAUGACUUUAUAUAUUUAACAGAUAAAGCAAAACUUUUAGUGCCAACUACAAAAUUAUAAUAAUAUUCAUGGCUCUUGUGUAGCCAGAGGGUUAUAUUUCAAUAUCAAUACUGCUGAAUUUGACUCCUCAUAACCAUGGUCACAGCAUUUUAAACAAUGAGAUUGCAGUAUGCAAAUGAACAAAAGUCCUCAGUAUGGUUAUUAGCUGACUUACCUCUGAUGUCACAAUCCCACCUCCAACAAAUGCCUCCUCAGGACUGUUUUGAAAGCAGAGGGUUAUUUGGAAAAUAGCUAGUGUUUCUUGUCUCUCUCUCAUGAAGAUACCUUAACUAAACACAUGGAGGGACACAGGGAGAUACUUGGUAAAUCAUUUUAAUACAAACCUGUUUUUCUUUUAAAAAGUUGUGAUAUUACUCAACCAUAAUAAACUUGAGGGACAGAGAGAAUUCCAAAAGGAAUUAGUUCCCCUGAAUUGCCAGUGGUUGCUAGGACAGAGACUGAAUUUUGCUGCUGAGACCAUGCUGGCAAGAUGGUGAAUUAUUAUGACAUUCUAGGUGUUCAAAGAAAUGCCUCUGCAGAUGACAUUAAAAAGGCAUACCGAAAACUGGCUUUGAAGGUACACCCUGAUAAGAACCCAGGAAACAGAGAGGCAGCAAAGAAGAAAUUCAUUGAAGUCUCUAAGGCAUAUGAGGUUUUAUCUGAUGCCAAAAAACGGGAUGUCUAUGACAUGUCUAGUGAAGGAAUUAUAAGUGGGAAAGACAGAAGAAGUGGAGGGAAAGGUAGAGGUAGAGCGAAAGACAGGGAUGGGAGUUACUUUGAUUCUGAAUUCCUGUUCAGCACCCCCCACACAGAUGUAUUUACAGGAAUGGACUCCUUUACAGUAAAACUUUGGGAUGAUCUACUUGAUGGCAUGUCUGGCAUUCGGCGAGGACUCCAUGGAAAAAGAAGAAGCAGAGGUGGUGAAGGAUACUCUGUCUCUAUUGCUGGAGUGUCUCCUAUUUCAGGGACCGGAUUUACUUCAUUUGGUUCCCAGCGAAUUGGGGGCUGCUCUUCAUCCUCCAUCAUGUCACUGAACAACAGUGGGAAAGGAAACUUCAAAUCAGUCAUAACGACCAGCAAAAUAGUUAAUGGCAUCAAAACCACUACAAAGAGAAUUGUGAUGAACGGAGAAGAAAGAGUAGAAACUAUUAUUGAGCAUUAAAAUCUCAACAAUAAUUGGAAAUUGACGGCAAAUCAUUGCUACUGAUGACAAGAAAUGAUGUAUUGACUGGACUUGCACUAAAACUUGGGCCCGCUCUGAAAAUCUAUGAAUAUCAUGUAAAACCUCUACAGACACAACAUCUAAAGAACAAUUCU